CCACCACCACCCACCGCUUCCCCCAUCAAGAAACAUACCGCUUUGCGCCGCGCCGCGUGCUGCAAACAGCCGCCGCAGCAGCAUCCGCAGCAUCCACAGCAACCAUGGACCUCCUCAUCUCGCUCCCCAUCCUCUCCUACUUCCUCUCCCCGCACGUCGCCUCGUGGUCCACGUCCAUCAACAUCAUCUUCUUCUACAUGACGUGGACGACGCUCAUCAUCACCCACCCGCCCGUCAACGUGCACAUCGCCGGCAUCCUCGUCAUCCGCGUCUUCUUCUGGCUCGUCCCCUCGCUCCUCACCCUCGCCUUCGACACCGCCCUGCCCGGCCUCGCCGCCUCCCUCAAGCACGGCGGCGCCGCCUCCCUGCCGCCCCGCCACUCGCGCUUCCUCGCCCAGCAGCUCGCCGUCGCCCUCGGCAACCUCAUCCUCGCCGUCGCCUUCGAGGGCUUCCUCGCGAAAGCCUACCUCGGCUUCUUCGGCCGCACCGACAUCAAGACCACCACCACCCUGCCCAUGCCCAUGACCGUCUUCACCCACCUCAUCGUCCUCUACGCCGCCCGCGAGAUCAUCGUCUACUACCUCCACCGCUACGUCCUGCACCAGAGCUCCCGCGGCGGGCACUCCAUCCUCUACGAGUGGUUCUCCCACCCGCACCGCUCCUGGGCGCACUACCUCGGCGGCGCGCCCUACUCCCUGCUCGUCUUCGCCGACCACCCCCUCCCCUCGCUGCUGCUGCGCGUCGUCCCCGUCUACCUGCCCGCCGUCCUGCUAAGGCCCCACCUCGUCACCUACUUCCUCUUCCUCAUCCUCACCACCAUCGAGGAGACGGUCACCAUGUCGGGCUACGCCGCCAUCCCGGGCUUCCUCAUGUCCGGCAUCGCCCAGCGCAACGCCAUCCACUACGCCUCGGGCGGCGGCGCCAACUUUGGCACCGUCGGCAUCCUCGACUGGUUGAACGAGACGGGCGGCGGCCAGCACGUCCUCGACGAGAUUGCCCAGCGCUACUAACUUGUGGCUUUGGGAAGACGAGUCUCAUUGUUUGUUUUUCUCUUUUCCUCUCUGUCAUUCUGUUUUUCCUGGCGUAUUGGGCGGUGCUUUGCUGGCUGAUACCCUCCUUAGAGGCGUUAUUGCAUGGGUUCCAUGUAGUCAUGCGUGUGUUUUGUGGCUUAUUUCUGUGCUUGGGCUGCCGUUGCGUGCUGGGACCCAAAAUGCACUGGAGUUGGAGUCGGACAUUAGACGGAGGACUUGGAGUUGAAUGGCUGCCGGAGGAGUGCAGUUGGAUGCAAU